AUACUCUUCCUACUUGGUUUAAGUUGGUUAUCGCUGGAUAUUUUAUUACUUCCAGGGUGUCUCAGGAAACCUUAAACUUAUAUACCCCACAUUAAUCUCAUGGCGUACAGUAUAAAAGAGUGCAGAGUUGUUCUGCACCAGCUCUCAGAUGCUGCAGUCAGGAGUGGCUGCUGCCCUGAGCAGAGCCUCAUUCAAGCAGCAACUGACGUGUGCAAACUCGAGCCUGAAGUAAUGGAGGGCAGCAGCUCAUCUCCACCCUCUGACAUGACAGUUUACAUCAAAGAGGAGCCUGAAGAUGAAGGAGAGGACAUAACUGUGAAGGAAGAACCACUUUGCAGUGAAGAAUAUGAGCAAACUCCACUUCCCUCAUCUUGCAAGCCAUGCAAGAAAGAGUUUCAAGUUGAGGCUCAUGAGGCCUGCACCAGCACCUCACAGUACACUGCUGCCGUGCCUCAUAUGCAGGAUAGCCCAUGCAAUGCCCAGGGCAACAUUGGGCAGGAUGAAUGGAUGAGUGUUUAUCCUGAAACCAAGGGAAAAGAGAUGUCUGCUUCUGAGAAAAACAUUUAUUUGGGACCCAAUAGUGCAGGUGCAGUCCAAGAAGUUCUUUUUGAUCAGCCUGCAUCUGAGUUCAAGUCUUUGGAACACAACUUGACCAACAAUGACCAUGCAAGAUUAACAAAGAAAUUGCACAAAGUUUCCUCAUCCACUGAUUCAUUACAUUCCAAAGUUCUUUCAAAUGCCCAUCAAAUCGAUGAACAUAAUUUUGAAACUAAAUUAAAAUGUGGAUUAUGCGACUAUGUUGCAUCUGUAAAAAAAUAUCUCCAAAGGCAUUUGUUUUCUAAACAUGGUUUGGGGGAAGGAUUCAAAUGCAAGUUGUGUGAUUAUGAAACUGGCCUGCAAGAACUUCUCAAAAAACACUUGUUUUCUAAACAUGGCUUGGGGGAAGGAUUCAAAUGCAAGUUGUGUGAUUAUGAAACUGGCAGACAAGAACAUCUCAAAAAACACAUUUUUUCUAAACAUAGCUUGGGGGAAGGAUUCAAAUGCAAGUUGUGUGAUUAUGAAACUGGCAGACAAGAACGUCUCAAAAAACACAUGUUUUCUAAACAUGGUUUAGGGGGCAAGAUUCAAAUGCAAGUUGCGUGAUUAUGCUACUAAUUGAAAAGUUCUUCUCAGCAAGCACCAUUCUUCAAAGCAUGGUUUGGGAGUCUCGAAAUGCAAGUUAUGUGAUUAUUCUAAACGUGAUGAAUGUCAUUUAAAUGAGCACGUGUUUUCUAAGCACGGGUUGGGUAAAGGUUUUCAAUGCAAGCAGUGUGAUUAUGUCAACUGUAGUAAAGAUGCUUUUGGUAGCCACAUGUUUUCUAAACCUGGAUUAGGGAAAGGAUUUCCAUGUGAGUUUAGUGAUUAUGUUGCUGGUAAGAAAUGGUCUCUAACAAGGCACCUGAAAUCCAAUCAUGUUCUGGAUUAUGAAAAAUCCAUUAGUACAAGUAGUGCUACUAUGUUUGCUGACAAUCCAAACUAAAUUUUGUUGAGGGUGUUUGGUGAUAAAAUUCGGUUGUUUGUAUAGGUUGCAGCGGGUAAAUGUCAGAUGAAAUGUGUGCAGAUUUAUGGCAGUUGUUUUGUGGAAGUAGUAUAUAUUGUGUUUGGUUAUUAUGCCACAAUCAAAUUUGAAUGAGACUCCCUAACCAUGCACCUUCCAUGUCAAGGAUUCAACGAGGUUUUGAUGCUGUGUAAUCUGGCCUGUCUUCUCAUUUGGGGCUCCGACUGCAUAUAAACUUCAUCUGAUUGGUAAUGCUGUUAGUUAUGCAUAUGAAUUUUAUUGCUCAUAUAGUUGACCAAUUAUUAGGUAUUUUAGUUUGAGUGGAUAAAUGAGUGUUGGCCAAAGGGUCUUUCCAGUGAUGAGCUUGUUAGUGGCAGUGAUAGUGGCUUCAAUCUUGAGACUACUUAGUUCAAUUUGCUAGAUUGAAAAUAACGUUCACGAGCUCGUAUAUAAGGUAGGUUUGUGAAAUCUCUCUAUAUGUUUAUUUCUAGCUUGCAUAUUUGAAUUGUAACAUUAAUCACCACAUCCUAAGAUUUAGACAGCAUUUACUUUAGGAGUCGAUUUUUUCUUAACUGAACAAUGGAGGGCUAUAUAAGAUUUUUUGUACUAAUAACUCUUCAAGGUCUGAGAGCUGGUGUUAGUCAUCUCUAUUGACAACAGAUUGGGCAUCAACCUAUGUGUGUAAGGGUGGAGGAGUUCACUAAAACCUAUUGAAAGGAGAAGUCAAUUUACUUUAUAUAUUACUUUUCAUUAUUUUCCUGACAGGAUAAGUUUAUUCAAAGCUUUUAAGGCUGUGCUUAUUUUCUUAUAUUGUAUCCAUGAACCCAACAUGUUUGACCAGGAAGCUCUAAUGACAGUUUGUACUGCUCGGUAGCUUUGCUGAUCUUCCUUGAGCAAUGCUAUAUGUAUUUCUCAAUAAUUGUAUUACAUUUUAUGACAGUUAUGCAGCUGCAUUGAUUGCUAUCAGCAGAUUGUAUUUUUUUACAUCUGUGAAGAUGCCACAUAGAGUAACACUCAACAGUCACGUGAAUGAAUGUGAGGGAAUGUCAUCUUAAAUGUAGAUAGAUAAGAUAAUAUAAUAUAGAUAACCACUCUUCUCCACGUGCUGGCUUGUCUUAGCAAAUGGCAAGCACUUCAUUGGUCCAACUUCUACAAGUUCUUUCCUAAUGCUAACAUUUUUUGUUGAAUAUAAUUAGCAGUGCCUGCAGUAAUGCUCCUGCAAAAUAUGAGCUUUGGCUUUGAAAUCACAAAAUUUACUAUCAUUUCAUUUUGGAUGUUGGCUCAUGCAUCACAUUACCUAUUGGAAUCUUGAAUAUGAUUGAUCUUGAGUUAUUAUUAAUAUGAAUGUUGUAAGUUGUUACUUAUAUUGUUUCAUAGAGAAUAAUGCUAUUAAAAUGUACUAUAAAUAUUGUUAAA